AUGGUUGAAUCUUCGCCUUUAAUGGAUCUAGUAGCUGUAAAAAAUUCAUCCGAACCAAUGCCUAAUAAAGGUCAAGGUUCUUUUACGGAUCAUUUAGCUAAUGAACGUACAUUCUUAGCAUGGAUAAGAACUGGUCUUGGUAUAUUUGCAUUUGGUUGUGCUAUUGCAAGAUUUGGUGGAUCGAAUAAUAUUCAAACAACAUUUAAAAAUUCAUUUCAUGAAAUGAAACCAAUUAUAUCUGGUUUAGUUUUAGUUACUGCUAGUAUUUUAAUAUUAUUUUAUAGUAUUUAUCGAUAUCAUCGAAUUAAUCUACAAAUAAUACGAAGAGACUUAACAGAAGUUUCACAAAUACGUGAACCAAUUAUUGCUACAUUAGUUUUACUUUUAUGUAUGUUUGCUAUUCUAAUUAUUUUUGUUAUUUUAUAA